AUGCCGCUCGUGAUUCCAGACUCGAGCCAGGUACCCACGAUCGUGGGAGAUUAUAGCACCGUAACGACCGAAGCGCUCCGUGGGCUCAACGCAGAUACCCUUGUCCACGAAAUCAAGCGCCUGCAGGACAGCGUCGCCAGGCUCCAAGACUCGAACCGUCAAAUCGAGCAGUUUGUGCACGAGUCCGCUAGCGAGCUUGACAGCCACGAUCGAAAAGAGAUGCACAACGCUUGCACCGACAACGAUGCCACCAUUGCAAAACAGAACAACGUCGUAGAGAAGCUAUUCGACGUGUUGCAAGAAAAGACGGGUCACGAAGAUACACAAGCCCACUACGGUCUCACGCGCCCGUCAAGAACCGCGAAUGCCGCACCCGAGGCUGGCUCUGCUACCGAUGCGGUUCCGAUACAAGAAGAUUCAGAAGGCGUCUUCCUCUGA